GGUUGAACUGGUCAAACUCCCCUAAUGCAUAUGGCAUGAGGCAAUCACUAUAAGACCCAUGCUCUUUGACUAGCAAAAGUAGUGAAACAGAAACGAGUGCACAUCCAUUAAACAGAAACGAGUGCAGCAUCCAUUAAACAAUAUGCUGUCUAGAAAUAUUCUCAACUGGUUAGUGCUACUGAUCCUAGCUACUGUUACCAGGAGUGAGCACUAUCACAUUGUGCCAGCGGAUUCAACCGACUUGUGUUAUGACUAUCGAAAUAGAACUUGUUUCACUCUCAAGCAGCUUGUUCAAACAGACCUGUUAUCUGGUGGAGACAAUCUCAUCUUAAGCUUUCUACCAGGAUAUCAUGUGCUAACUGAGCAGUUAUUGAUUUGUAACUUCUCACAUGUGACAAUCAUCGGCCAGAGCACAACUGUAGUUGAAUUCCAUAGCAACUGUGUGAUACGUUUUGUUAGUAUUAUCAAAUUGAUUAUUGAAUGCUUGAGUUUCAUUGGAGCGAAUGUUGGACCACAAAAUAACUGUUUGAGCAUUGACUAUAUCAAUGAUGUGUACAUCAAAGACAGCUACUUUUCAGACAUUAAAUUAUUCAAUCAGGUGGAAACCUGUGUUGUUAAGAUUGCUAAUACUCAAACUGCAAAAAUUGAGAGCACUCUCUUUACAAACAACACUGGUCGGGCACUGCACAUUGACGCUGAUAAUGUGUACAUAACAAAUAGCAAGUUCACUAGGAAUGAUGGAGGUGCAGUUGAAAUUGAAUCAAACAAUGCAUUGAUCGACAACACAAAGUUCAGCUACAACAAUGCUGUGAGCGGAGGAGCAGUAAAAGUGGUAUCUGGUGCUGCAGUGAUUGCUUGGUGUAACUUCACAAAUAAUAAGGUUGGUGGAGCGAUAAGUGUUUACUCAAGCAGUGUGUUCAUAUCCAAUAGUGAGCUGACAAACAACAGUGCUAUUAACUAUGGUGGAGCGAUUAGUGUUUACCCAGACAGUAAUGUGUCCAUUUCCGACAGUGAGCUGACAAAUAACAGAGCUGACUCUGGUGGAGCGAUUCGUGUUUCUUCAGGUAGUGUGUCCAUUUCCAACAGUGAGCUGACAAAUAACAAAGCUGACGGUGGUGGAGCGAUUCGUAUUUCCUCUGGUAGUGUGUCCAUCUCCAACAGUGAGCUUUCAAGCAACAGAGCUAUCGCUGGUGGAGCGAUUAGUGUUUACACAGGUAGUGUGUCAAUCUUAGACAGUGAACUGACAAAAAACAGUGCUAAUUAUUAUGGUGGAGCGAUUAGUGUUUACUCAGGUAAAGUGUCCAUCUCCAACAGUGAACUAACAAAAAACAGUGCGAAAAUUGGUGGAGUGAUUAGUAUUCAAAAAAGCAGUAUGUCCAUCUUAGACAGUAUGCUGACAAACAACAGUGCUAAUCUAAGUGGAGCGAUCGAUAUUUCAUUAGAUUCCAGCUCGAUUAUCUACAACACUAUAAUUACUAAUAACAUACGAGGCAGUUUGAACAUUUUGCAGUCAAACGUAACUUUCACUGGAAUGAAUAUUAUUGUAAGCAACAAUGGCCCCAUUUAUGCUUUCAAUAGUCGAGUCGAGUUUAAUGGACCUACAACUCUCAUUAAUAAUCGUGGUGUGUUUGGUGGGGCCAUCAAUGCUGUUCAGAGUGAAAUAUACAUUAACACAGAAGGAGUAAUCAUCACCAACAACACAGCCACCUCUGGAGGAGGGAUAUUUCUGAGAGAGAGUACACUCUUCGUAAAUGAGCCAAUAAAGAUCUAUCACAACACAGCACACCAGGAUGGUGGAGGGAUUUAUGGUUAUUCUAGCAGAGUGGAGUUUAAAUCAUCACUGGUAAAUGAUUAUCCACGUCCUCCAAAUACACGGAGUGAUAUCGAGGACAACAUUGCUGAGAAUGGUGGAGGUAUUUAUGCAGUAGCUACAACCAUUAAACUAACUCGAUCACAUGUCAACAUCGACUCAAACACAGCAACCGCUAGUGGAGGUGGAGUAUAUCUACAGCAAAGUUCGAAACUGUACAUAUUAAAAAAAGACUAUAAUAACAUGAAGGCAAAAAAUACGUUAUUUGUCAUGUUAAUGAUUAACAACAACUUGGCUCAGUACGGAGGGGGGAUCUUUGUGGCAGAUGACACACAGAGGAGUGCGUGUGGAGGAGGAGUCACAGAUGACACUCGUAUCAUUUUUGCUGAAUGCUUUUUUCAAACAAUUAAAUUGGGUAAAUUUAACAACGCAAACUAUUUCAACACAUUCAUGACUAACAACACAGCUACUCAAUCAGGAGCAGACAUCUACGGAGGCCUACUGGACAGGUGUACAGUAAAUCCAAAUGCUGAAUAUAACAUUUUUUCAAAUGGAUCUGACUACAUAAAUAACAUCAUAAAAAGCUCCACCGAAUUGUCAAUAUCCUCUAGACCUGUUCAAGUAAUGUUUUGCAAUAAGGACUACAGUAAUAUUAUUACACAAAAGGGACACAUAUUUAAAAUCAGUGUUGUGGCUGUUGACCAAGUUGGAAAUCCAAUGAAUGCCAAAAUUCGAAGCUCUGUUAUCACCGAGAGUGGAGUUAGUCGUCUCAAAGAAGGACAAGCAGAACUAAAAGUUGGCAAUCAGUGCACAGAAUUAGAGUACAAUGUAUUCUCACAAGACAGCUCUGCUCAAGUGGAGCUCUAUGCUGAUGGUCCAUGCACCAAUUUGGGAAUUUCAAGACUGUUUAUUAAUAUGUCAUUUCAACCCUGUAUAUGUCCUAUUGGACUCAAACCAAUUCAGUCCAAUACUGAGUGUAAGUGUGACUGUGAUCCAGUUUUGCAACGAGGGUAUCAGAUAACGAACUGUUCUGAGAAAAAUGGGACCAUAAAGCUGGAAAAUAAUAACAACAUAUGGAUACAAUUCAUAAAUACCACCAACGGAACAGGGUAUGUUAUUAGUAACUGUACAUUUGACUAUUGCGUAGAAAAACCAGUCAACAUCGAUCUAAGCAACCCCAACGAACAGUGUGCCUAUAAUCGAAGUGGUGUCUUGUGUGGAGAAUGUGAAUCAGGACUCAGUCUUGUCUUGGCUACAUCAAACUGUAAAAAAUGUUCUAAUAUUUACCUUCUUCUACUAAUACCAUUUGCGCUGGCUGGCAUAUUGCUAGUUGCUUUAAUUCUCGUGCUCAACAUCACUAUAGCAACCGGAAACAUUCAUGGCCUCAUAUUUUACGCCAACAUAGUAGCUGCUAAUAGAGCAAUUUUCUUUCCUAGUAUAAACAACUUUUUAAUAGUUUUCGUAUCAUGGGUUAAUCUUGACCUGGGAAUUGACACAUGCUUUUACGAUGGAAUGAACUCUCAAGCAAAAGUACUUCUUCAACUUGUCUUUCCCGCUUACUUGUUUCUUUUAAUGUUUUUUAUUAUCAUUUUAAGCAAAUACUUUGACUCUUUUGCAAAGCUCCUCUCCAACAGGAAUCCAGUUGCUGCCCUAGGCACACUCGUCCUACUGUCUUUCUCCAAAUUCUUACGGUUUAUUGUUGCUGCACUACAAAACAGGGUCUUGCAUUAUCCUGAUGGCUCAACCAAGACUGUUUGGUUGUUUGAUGGCAAUGUGCAAUACUUCACUCCCAGUCACAUCCCUCAGUUUGUUGCUGCAGCCAUAAUCCUCAUUGCCGGUGGAUUGUUCACUGUACUGCUCUUUUUUGGACAAUGGUUUCCACGCUGUUCUAAGAUUAUGAUAUGGACCAAAAACACAUACUACAAUGGUUUCAUGGACACAUACCAUGCUCCAUUCACUCCCAAGCAUCGCUACUGGGUGGGACUGCUCCUCUUUGCUCUGAUUGCUCAUAAUUUUGUCACUGCCAUGGCUCCAAAUACGUCUCUUCCUGUGCUAUCAUCUGGCUGUAUUGCAUUUGGACUCAUAUCAUUGACCAACCGAGUGCACAAAAAGAAACUUAGUGACUAUCUAGAAACAUUGUUUCUGCUUAAUCUCGGCAUUCUAUCUUAUGGCACUUCCUAUAUUGUUGAAACACACCAACAGCAAGAAAUACUGACCAAUGUUUCAAUGUCCAUAGCUUUCAUUCUCUUUGUGACAAUCAUCAGUUACCAUUUCCACCACUUUAUAAUAAAGAAGACCAAAACAUGGCUCAAGAUCAAGGAAGUCGUUAAGAACUGGACAACUGGUACUGCAUACAAAAAGAAUCGAGAACCUAACAAUGCCAUGGCAAUUAUGCAUCAGUUUGCAGCAAAUGAAAUCGAUGACGAUGACAAUGAACGACUUUUAGCUGAGCAAAUUGACAUUGUGGACCCACAACCUUACACUGAUGGAGCCAUGGAAGAAGCUGACCCUGAUCGUUACAUGACCCCUCCCAUCAUCAGACCAGCCACGAGGCCAGACCAGCUGAGAGAGCCUGCCCUGGACGUACUAGCCCCCCUCACCACAGAGGACUACAGACCAGCCCCUCCCCCUCCAAGAGUCAAACAUCAUCCUGUUGUUACACAUACAGAAAUCGGCCGUAUACGCAAUGAAGUGUGAAUUGUCCUAUUUAGAUGAAAUGACACAAUAUGCAUGAUAUUAUUAUUGUUAUAUCAAGCUUUACAGUCACAGUGUGAGGUGAUGGUAUAAAAAGAAAGAAGGGGGGGUGGCUUGGAAAAUUGUGACUGACAGACAGGCAUCACUAAUAUGAUGUCCCUGAGUAUACUAAUGGGGACAAAUACAUAACGGAGACAGAUUGUUAACACUAGCUAAGUUCUUGUAAGUUCUAAUGCAGUUCUGUUACAGGGACAUAGGUAGUGGAAAGUACAGGAAAUUUGAGGAUCGAAGUGGCUUUCAAAGUGUUCUGUGAAGUGACGAGUUAGAUAGACAAAGUAGGUAGGUCAAUUAAUAGUACGUGGGCAGCGCAUUCCAGUAGGUUUAGAGAAUAGUAAGCUUUGCAUUGUAGUGAUUGGUCCAUGAUUGAAACUUCAGUUGUCAAAACAAUUCCCAGAUCUCUUUGUUAGGGUCACUGAUCUGAUUUUGAUUAAUAACGUAAUCUGAUUUGAUUAAUAACGUAAUUUGAGGUGUUUGUGCAGGGUUGACUUUUAUUUGGGUUAGAGAGACUCCAAAUGUUGCACAUUAAUUUUGUCGUGGUUAUAGAGUAAGUUUCCAUUGGUUACGCCAGGUAGAGACAUUGUUAAGUGCUAUUUGUAGGGUAUGUUGGCUUUCAGAUGAGUCCAUAUAUACGCUGUAGUAUCGUAGUGUCAUCAGCGAAAAGGUAUAUACUUGGGUUGGCUAUAUACAUGUCGGUAGGUCAUUCACAUAGAUCACAAACAUUAGAGGUCCAAGUACACUUCCCUGUGGUACACCAGGCCUGGAUGAUGAGUAACGGUUGUUAAAACUAGUAAGGUGGGUACGGCCACUUAGAUAUGACUUGAACCAGAACCACAGGUCGCCAGUUAUACCCAUGAGCCAAAGCUUAAAUAGUAGUUCCUUGUGGGACACUGAAUCGAACGCUUUUCUGAUAUACUAUAUC